UAGAUGAUGAUGAAAGUGAAAGCGAAGAAUUUACCGUCAAAGAUGGAUACAUACAUUAUGGAUCAACUGUCAAGCUCGUUUGUUCUGAAACUGGCAUGGCUUUACCAAGACUGGUACGUCUUUCUUACUUACUGGAAUAGUUUAGAAUAUUUUCAUCUGUUUGCUUGUUUAUGUAUUGGACGGUACAUGCUAAUAAAUAAUUCUCGUUUGUUUUUAGAUAAUUCGAAAGGUUGAUAAACAAACAGCGUUCCUAGAUGCGGACGACCCUGUCUCACAGCUCCACAAGGUAAACUUAAUCACAUUGACUUGCAAUCUUGAUCUCCAAAUCCGAUGGAGAUCCCUCCCCCCGCAAUGUAACAUACUACUUAAUUGACACAAAUACGAAACAUACAUUUACCUAAAAAUCUUUAUAGAAAACUACAUGUAUAUAUUGUUGAUUAACAGGUCGCAUUCUAUAUGAAAGACACGGAACGGAUGUAUCUGUGUUUAUCCCAAGAACGUAUCAUUCAAUUUCAGGUAAAUGUUCACAUUUUAUUGCAUUUUUGCAUUUAGUCGUAUUUGGGUUAGCACUAGGUCAAUAGGAGAUGGCCCUUACUGGACUGUCUGGACCUCUAGCGAGAACAGUUUAGAACUGAUAGAGCUAUCAAGUACCAAUAAAGUUAGUUUAGGUUUCCUCCUGUAGUAACACUGGAUCAAUAAGAGAUCACUCUUACUGGACCUCUAGCGAGAACAGUUUAGAAUUGAUAGUGCUAUCCAGUAUAUGUUUCUUGUACUGAUAUCUGUUUCUCUAUUAUUUAGUCGACUCCCUGUCCAAAAGAUCCGAGAAAAGAAAUGAUCAACGACGGAGCCUCGUGGACGAUUAUCAGCACAGGUAAUUAAUGUGGUGUUUUUUCACGGCAGCUUUUCAACUGCAGUAUCUCAUUUUCAGAUAUCUUCUCUCGUUCUAGACCGAGCGGAGUACACAUUCUACGAAGGCAUGGGUCCGAUAUCAUGCCCUAUCACUCCAGUGCCUGUGGUCUCAAGGCUUGAGCUGAAUGGAGGAGGCGAUGUGGCCAUGUUGGAACUCACUGGACAGAACUUUACAGCAAAUUUGAGAGUUUGGUUUGGGGAUGUAGAAGCCAAUACAAACUACAGGUAUGGUAUCGGAUUAUGUCAACAAGUGUGGCUCGUGGUUAGUGUUCUUUCAUUUCUGGGACUGGGAGUGAUUCCUGCAAUAUGUAAUUGUCUGAUUGUUUGUGAGAAUAGUGCCACCUAACACUGUAGGUUCCCUCCUGUAGUAACACUGGAACUAUAAGGAAUACUCUUACUGGACCUCUAGGAAGAACAGUUUAGAACUGACAGAGCUAUCCAGUGUAAAUAAAGUUAGUUUAGUUUAGGUUUCCUCCUGUAGUAACACUGGAACUAUAAGGAAUGCUCGUAACUGGACCUCUAGGAAGAACAGUUUAGAACUGAUAGAGCUAUCCAGUGUAAAUAAAGUUAGUUUAGUUUAGGUUUCAUCAAUAAGAGAUGAUCCUUACUGAACCUCUAGGGAGAACAGUUUAGAACUGAUAGUGCUCUCCAGUAUAAAUAAAGUUAGUUUAGUUUAGGUUUCCUUCUGUAGUAACACUGGAUCAGUAAGUGAUGAUCCUUACUGGAUCUCUAGGAAGAACAGUUUAGAAUUGAUAGAGCUAUCCAGUAUAAAUAAAGUUACUUUAGUUUAGUUUAGUUUUCCUCCUGUAGUAACACUGGAUCAAUAGAGACCUUAAGAUUGACGUUUACGGCAAACGUCAAACCGCUAGCGAGGUUUUUGAUUUUACAACUCUAUUAUAAUAGCUUUUACACCAGUUUUGAAAUAUGUUAAACUUAUUAAACUUGUGCUCUUUAGCAAUGGUUUAAGAAAGCAAAUUAACCACUAGUCAUGCCAUUCACCAAAGCAGUAAAUUGACAUUUGGCGUUUGAAGUUGGCGUUUGGCGUAUAAAUUUCAUGCCUGAACUGCUACGAGGGCUUGUAGUCGUUAAAGCAUGAAAUUUAUACUUCAAACGUCAACUUCAAACGCCAAAUCUUAAUUUACUGCUUUGGUGAAUGGCAUGACUAGUGGUUAAUUUUCUUUCUUAAAUCAUUGCUAAAGAGCAGAAGUUUAAUCAGUUUAACAUAUUUCAAAACUGGUGUAAAAGCUACAAUAAUAGAGCUGUAAAAUCAAAAACUUCGCUAGCGGUUUGACGUUUGCCGUAAACGUCAAUCUUAAGGUCUCUAAUAAGAGAUGAUCCUUACUGGACCUCUAGGAAGAACAGUUUAGAACUGAUAGAGCUCUCCAGUAUAAAUAAAGUUAUUUUAGUUUAGUUUUCCUCCUAUAGUAACACUGGAUCAAUAAGGGAUGAUCCUUACUGGACCUCUAGGAAGAACAGUUUAGAACUGAUAGAGCUCUCCAGUAUAAAUAAAGUUAUUUUAGUUUAGUUUUCCUCCUGUAGUAACACUGGAUCAAUAAGGGAUGAUCCUUACUGGACCUCUAGGAAGAACAGUUUAGAACUGAUAGAGCUCUCCAGUAUAAAUAAAGUUAUUUUAGUUUAGUUUUCCUCCUAUAGUAACACUGGAUCAAUAAGGGAUGAUCCUUACUGGACCUCUAGGAAGAACAGUUUAGAACUGAUAGAGCUCUCCAGUAUAAAUAAAGUAAGUUUAGCUUAAUUGUUUAUCAACAUGUUUAAUCUUUCACUCAGGUGUGCUGAAAGUCUGCUGUGUCUCGUACCAGAUAUAUCUGCGUUUCAAUCUGCUUGGAAAUUCGUACGUCAGCCUACGCAGGUUCCUGUCAGUCUGGUGCGCAAUGAUGGUAUAAUAUACCCGACGAACCUCACUUUUACCUACACGCCCGAACCUGAGGAGAGGCCUCGAUGCAUUGAGGCGAAGGUUAUACGGAAAGGUUUCUCGUCUGUGACUUCUGAAGUUACGCCGCACGAUGAGGUCACGUCAUAGCGUCACAUUAUGACGUCAUAUCACGAUGACGUCACAUAUUCACUUCCCCUCUUAUUGUGAUAUGAUGACGUCAUAUUAAAUGGUGACGUCAUAUUAAAUGUGACGUCAUCAGUAUACCGGAAUUGUGAUGUCAUUUGAUGAUAUCACUUAAAUACAGAUACAAUGAUCGUGAAUUUUCACUCUUAAAGUCAUAAAAUGACGUAAGUGAAGUAUUAUAAGAUUACGUCAUAUAAAUGAUAAAAUGACGUCAUCACAGUCAGAAUAUUACGUCAUCUCUAUAAUGUCGUGACGUUUUAUGGAAAUAACAAAAAUGAUGUCACGUGACAGGUGAUAUAACAACUGAUGUAUCAUGAUGAAUUUUAAUCGUCCGUUUUAUAUUUUCAUAAAUGCAUUAUGGCUCGUUCAAAAGUUCAAACGAAUUUCAAAUCUGGAAGGAGACUUGUUGGCCGAUUUAAAAGAGUCGAGACUCGAUAUUCUCCCUUCCCGUGAAGUGUUGAUAAAUGUUAUAUAUUUAUCAUAAAUGUACAUAUGUAACAUAUUAUUCAGUAUAGUACUGAAGAUGUAAUUAAAUUUUGGCCUGUUGUAAGGCUAGAUUUUUGUAUGGAAC